AUGGAUACAAGUGAUGCGGUGAAGGGAUACGAGGAUAUGGAUACCAAACGGCGCCUAAAGUGUAAGGAAUUCCGAUUUAAAGUGGUAAUUGUGGGCACAUAUGGUGUGGGAAAGACUAGUCUUAUGUUACAACACUUUGACCGCUAUUUCACGGAUAACCCGAAGACCACAGUUGGCGUCGACUUCAGGCAAAGAAAGUUUCAUUUGAACAACACUUCUGUUAUAUUAGAGGUUUGGGAUACGGCCGGGGAGGAGAAGUACGCCAAUAUUGUGCAGAUAUAUUACCGCGGCGCUCACGCAGUGGUCGCUGUCUAUGACAUCAAGAAAAAGUCAUCAUUUGUAAGGGCACUGGAGUACAUAACUGAGAUCACGAGUCAGGCCGUACCCCCGAUGGUGAUCGCACUGAUAGGAAAUAAGCAAGAUCUUAGUAAUGAACGGGAAGUGGAUUACGAAAUGGCAUCCAAGUAUGCCUCCGCACGUAAUGUCAUAUUCAUGGAGACGUCGGCUAAGAGUAACGCAAAUGUGGACCAAUUGUUUGAAAUGGUGUCCGAAAGACUGGUCGAGGAGUGUGUGAAACGCAAAACCGAAACCGAUUUACGCAAAAAAUUGAGACUAAAUAACACUCAAUCUAUGGCUCAUAGGAAUAGGUGUUGUUCCACAUGA